GUGCUGCCUCUGGAAAACAAGAUGAAGAACCCUCGUCAGUUCCCAGUCAUCCUGUACGUGGGGAUGACCAUUGUCACCACCUUGUACAUCAGCCUGAGUGUCCUGGGGUACCUGCGCUUCGGGGCGGACAUUCAGGCCAGCAUAACACUCAACCUGCCCAACUGCUGGCUGUACCAAGCUGUCAAGCUGCUCUUCUCCUUCGGGAUCUUCUUCACCUACGCCGUGCAGUUCUACGUGCCCGCCGAGAUCAUCAUCCCUCCCCUCGUCGCCAGGGUCUCGGAGCGCUGGGGCUGGGUUGUCAACCUGCUCCUCAGGGUGGCCCUGGUCAGCCUGACCUGCGUGCUGGCCAUCCUCAUCCCACGCCUGGACCUCGUCAUCGCCCUGGUGGGCUCCGUCAGCAGCAGCGCCCUGGCUCUCAUCUUCCCCCCGCUGCUGGAGAUCGCCACCUACUACGCCGAGGGCAUGCACCCCCUGGUCAUCGCCAAGGACCUCCUCAUCAGCCUCUUCG